AUGCUUCAAUUCUUCAUUUCUGUCGUAUCCACUCUUGUUUCUUUCCUCUCACGACAUGCUGCCAGUAUUGCUCUCGAUGUUGAUGACACACAAUCCAUUCUUGCGGCGGCGUCCUUGACGGCUCAGGGCGUAGUCGACCUGUACAAUGGCUACCAGCCCGGGGGAGUCGUGGGAAAAUGGCCCUUUCCACCCUACUACUGGUGGGAGAGUGGCGGCGCAUGGGGUGGCUUGAUGGAAUACUGGCACUACACAGGCGAUGACAGCUAUGUCAAUAUUACGCAACAAGGAAUCAUUGCGCAGCUUGGCCCUAAAUAUGACUUCAACGUUCCUGCCGAAGCCUUCGACACCGGAAACGACGAUCAAGCCUUCUGGGUAUUUGUGGCCAUGUCCGCGGCCGAGUACUCCUUCCCUCAGUUGCCUUCGCCCUAUCCAUCCUGGGUCCAGAUAGUUAACAAUGCUUGGGAGGAUUAUGUCUCUCGCUGGAACACUUCGAGUUGCAACGGAGGUUUGAAAUGGCAAUUCAAUCCUGCGAACGCAGGGUACUUUUACAAGAACAGCAUCUCCAACGGCGCAUUCUUUCAGCUCUCGGCGAGACUGGCAAGAUUUACAGGCAACCGAACAUACGUGCAUUGGGCGGACAAAAUCUGGAACUGGGCAUCAGGAAUCGGCUUGGUAGACAACAUCUACAACGUCUUCGACGGCUCUGAUGAAACAAUCAAUUGCACGGCUGUUGACCACCAUCAGUGGACCUACAACGUCGGUGUCUUCCUCUAUGGUGCGGCUGUGCUGCAGAAUUACACCAAUGGGUCCUCGCCGUGGAUCGAACGAACCGCUGGCCUGCUCGAUUCGACAAACACAUUCAUCAGUCCUUUUCGCAAUGCAUCCAAUAUCCUUUUCGAGGCAGAAUGUGAGCUCUCCAUGACCUGCAACACCGACCAGCUGUCAAUGAAGGCCUACCUAGUUCGGUGGAUGGCUGCAACAUCCAACAUGGCGCCUUUCACGGCAGGUCGAAUCGGUGAGGUUCUUCGAGCCUCCGCCCAAGGUGCUGCAGCCGCAUGCACGGGAGGUAUCAACAACAAUACUUGUGGGAGUAAAUGGUACAUUGAGGGAUGGGAUGGGACAACAGGACUAGGCCAACAACUCUCGGCAUUGGAAGUCAUGUACGCUCUGUUGGUCAAUCAGACCAAUGCACCCGCUACCUACCCAAAUGUCUCAAUUCUGCCUGCUCCACCAUCGCCAACAAUCUCCUCCUCACUAGCCUCUGCCACCCAAAAUCUUCCUACGGCGAGUGCGACUGCCCGUCCGCUCCACGAUGGAGCAGCGAUCAUUCAGUCCAAGGCCCAGAAUAAGAUUCGGCCUUUUGUCGUGGCUCUUUUCACCUCAUUAGCAGUCAUGUGA